CCACUGCCAUCGCCUCUUUUGAAGCCGACCAGCAGUGAGCCUCUACUUCUCAUUUUCAUCUCUGUAACGCAGAAACGUCUCCAUCAUGAGCUACAGGAGGACCACCAUUCAGCAGAUACCUGCUUCCCACAUCUCACCCCGGUACUAUUCUGCCAGCAGUUAUGGUGGCGCCGGUGGCCGGGACACCCGCAUCUCCUCUGUGGCUGUGUCUUCUUUGCGUUCUGGAGCUCCGAUCACCUCCUCAUCUAGUGCCUUCAAGCUGAGCAGUGGUAUGGGUGCAGGUUUCGGCGGAUCUGUGGCGACUGGUGGUGGCAUGGGAGCUGGGAUAACUGGCAACGAGAAGGGAGCCAUGCAGAACCUCAACGACCGCCUGGCCAACUACAUUGAGACGGUGAGGAACCUGGAACAAGCCAACCAGGAGCUGGAGAUGAAGAUCAGGGAGGCCUUGAAGGCAGGAGGGCCUGACAUGAGAGACUACAGCAAGUAUGAACCCAUCAUUGAAGACCUACGUAAACAGAUCUUUAACAAGAUAACAGAAAAUGCUCGUCUGGUGCUCCAGAUUGACAACUCCCGUCUGGCUGCGGAUGACUUCAAAGUAAAGUUUGACACCGAGCUGGCUAUACGCCAGUCUGUUGAGGCCGACAUUGCCGGGCUGAAGAAAGUAAUUGAUGACACCAACAUGAGCAGGAUGAACAUUGAGAGUGAGAUUGAAGCCGUGAGGGAGGAGCUCGAGUUCCUUAAGAGGAACCAUGAGAAUGAGGUGAGGGAGAUGAGGAAUCAGAUCUCCCAAUCAGGAGUGCAAGUUGAUGUUGAUGCUCCCAAAGGUCAAGACUUGGCCCAGAUCAUGGAGGAUAUGAGAGGAAACUAUGAGAAGAUUGCUGUUAAGAAUGCAGAGGAUCUGAAACGAUGGCAUGAAAAUCAAACAGCAGAUGUUCAGGCGCAGGUAUCACAGAACACAGAGGCGCUCCAGGGUGCACAGACGGAGAGAAGUGACUUAUCCAGACAGAUACAGACUCUAGAAAUCGAGCUUGCCUCUCAACAGAGCUUAAAAGCCUCCCUUGAAGACACACUACGCAACACAGAGCUACGUAACAACAUGGAAAUGGAGAAGUACAACGCCAUUAUUAUACGUCUGGAGGAGGAGCUUGCGCACCUGCGCGCAAACAUUCACCAGCAGACCCAGGAGUAUGAGGCGCUGCUCAACCUCAAGGUGAAACUGGAAGCUGAGAUUGAGACCUACAAGAGCCUGCUGGAUGGCGGUGAUUUCAAGCUCCAGGAUGCGCUUCAAUGAGCUGCCAGAGUCCCUGUGAAAGAAGCUCCAUGGCUCAAUAAAGUAUACUGAUGUAUACUGCCUCACUUGUUCAAUUAAUAAAUGUCAUUUCCAAACAUAAUUGCACCACAUCUGAUAAAGUCAAUCAAGCUGUGUGUGUGUGUGUGUGUGUGUGACCUGGUGGCAAUAAAACAAUUUGUUAAAAAUCA